CUCCGCCCGCUUUGCGCCGGACCCAACUUUUCUUCUCCUUCCUCGCUGCUGCGGGGCGAUGGCUCAGAAGUGGCGGGGCCCCGGUGAGGCGGAGAGGGGCGCCCCGGAGAAGGAGAAGGAGAAGGAGAAGGAGAAAGAGGAGGACGCGGGGCAGCGGCGGAGGAGCCGAAGCGCCAGCCGAGGCAGGUUCGCCGAGUCCUGGAAGAGGCUCAGCUCCCGGAGAGGCUCCGCCAAACGCUCCGGGAUCGCCUCCCAGGCGCCGCCGGCUCAGAAGUCAUGGAUAGAAAGGGCAUUUUGCAAAAGGGAGUGUGUUCACAUCAUACCCAGCACCAAAGACCCCCAUAGGUGUUGCUGUGGACGACUAAUAGGUCAACAUGUGGGGCUCACUCCAAGUAUCACCAUCAUUCAGAAUGAGAAAAAUGAAGGACGGCUCUCUCGGAAUGAUGUCCAGUCAGAGAAGUGGUCAAUCAGCAAGCACACACAACUCAGCCCCACUGAUGCCUUCGGAACCAUUGAGUUUCAAGGUGGAGGUCACUCGAAUAAAGCCAUGUAUGUGCGUGUGUCUUUUGACACAAAACCUGAUCUUCUUUUACACUUGAUGACCAAGGAAUGGCAGCUUGAACUUCCCAAACUCCUCAUCUCUGUGCAUGGAGGGCUCCAGAAUUUUGAACUUCAGCCAAAACUCAAGCAAGUCUUUGGGAAAGGCCUCAUUAAAGCAGCCAUGACAACAGGAGCAUGGAUAUUCACUGGAGGAGUAAACACAGGAGUCAUUCGUCAUGUUGGGGAUGCACUGAAAGACCAUGCCUCAAAGUCUAGAGGGAAGAUCUGCACUAUUGGAAUAGCUCCCUGGGGAAUUGUAGAAAACCAAGAGGAUCUGGUUGGAAAAGAUGUGGUCCGGCCGUACCAAACCAUGUCCAACCCAAUGAGUAAACUGACAGUACUCAACAGCAUGCAUUCUCAUUUUAUCUUGGCUGAUAAUGGGACCACAGGAAAAUAUGGUGCAGAAGUUAAACUUCGCAGACAGUUGGAAAAGCACAUCUCACUCCAGAAGAUAAAUACACGAAUCGGGCAAGGAGUGCCAGUGGUGGCUCUCAUUGUGGAAGGAGGACCCAAUGUAAUUUCUAUUGUCUUGGAAUAUUUACGUGACACUCCGCCAGUUCCUGUUGUAGUGUGUGAUGGCAGCGGCCGGGCAUCAGACAUCCUUGCAUUUGGUCACAAAUAUUCAGAAGAAGGAGGACUUAUCAAUGAAUCUCUGAGGGAUCAAUUGCUUGUCACAAUCCAGAAGACUUUCACCUACACCAGGACUCAGGCACAGCAUCUCUUCAUAAUCCUCAUGGAAUGCAUGAAGAAGAAGGAACUGAUUACAGUGUUUCGCAUGGGAUCAGAAGGACAUCAAGACAUUGAUCUGGCUAUUUUGACAGCAUUGCUGAAAGGAGCGAAUGCUUCUGCUCCGGAUCAACUGAGUCUGGCAUUAGCCUGGAACAGAGUAGACAUCGCACGCAGCCAGAUUUUUAUUUAUGGGCAACAAUGGCCGGUGGGAUCCCUUGAACAAGCAAUGUUGGAUGCCUUGGUAUUGGACAGAGUGGAUUUUGUGAAAUUACUCAUAGAGAAUGGAGUAAGCAUGCAUCGUUUUCUCACCAUCUCCAGACUAGAGGAAUUGUACAAUACGAGACAUGGACCAUCCAACACUUUGUAUCAUCUUGUCAGAGACGUCAAAAAGGGAAAUCUACCACCAGACUAUAGGAUAAGCCUCAUUGAUAUUGGCCUCGUGAUUGAAUACCUGAUGGGAGGAGCUUAUCGCUGUAAUUAUACUCGAAAACGCUUCCGAACUCUCUAUCACAACCUGUUUGGUCCCAAGAGACCUAAGGCACUGAAACUUCUGGGGAUGGAGGAAGACGUUCCAAUGCGAAGGGGAAGAAAAACCACCACGAAGCGAGAGGAGGAAGUGGAUAUUGAUUUGGAUGAUCCUGAGAUUAAUCAUUUUCCUUUCCCCUUUCAUGAGUUAAUGGUGUGGGCUGUAUUGAUGAAGCGACAGAAGAUGGCCCUCUUCUUCUGGCAGCAUGGAGAGGAAGCCAUGGCUAAGGCUCUGGUGGCCUGUAAACUCUGCAAAGCCAUGGCCCAUGAAGCAUCUGAGAACGAUAUGGUGGAUGACAUAUCUCAGGAACUAAAUCACAACUCCAGAGAUUUUGGCCAGCUGGCAGUGGAGCUGCUGGACCAGUCUUACAAGCAGGAUGAACAACUGGCAAUGAAACUGUUGACCUAUGAGCUGAAGAACUGGAGCAAUGCCACGUGCCUACAACUGGCAGUGGCAGCCAAGCAUCGAGAUUUCAUUGCCCACACUUGCAGCCAAAUGCUGCUCACAGAUAUGUGGAUGGGGAGGCUCCGGAUGCGUAAAAACUCAAGUCUAAAGGUAAUUCUAGGAAUUCUACUUCCUCCUUCAAUUCUCAGCUUGGAGUUCAAAAACAAAGAUGACAUGCCUUACAUGUCCCAAGCUCAGGAGGUCCAAGUUCAAGAGAAAGAGCCAGAAGAACCCGAAAAACCAGUGAAAGAAAAGGAAGAGGAAGACAUGGAACUCACAGCAAUGUUGGGACGUAGCAAUGGAGAGUCAUCAUCACGAAAGAAGGAGGAGGAAGAAGUUCAGACUAGACACAGAUGGAUUCCCUUUGGACGCAAGAUCUAUGAAUUCUACAAUGCCCCAAUUGUUAAAUUUUGGUUCUAUACUAUGGCAUAUGUUGGAUACCUGAUGUUAUUCAAUUAUAUUGUAUUGGUGAAGAUGGAACGCUGGCCUUCCACGCAAGAAUGGAUAGUUAUCGCUUAUAUUUUUACAAUGGGAAUAGAGAAAAUGAGAGAGAUAUUAAUGUCAGAACCUGGGAAGCUGCUGCAGAAGGUCAAAGUAUGGCUUCAAGAAUACUGGAAUGUUACCGAUCUCAUUGCUAUUCUCCUGUUUUCUGUGGGUAUGAUACUUCGCCUUCAGGAUCUGCCACUCAGGAGUGAUGGUCGUGUUAUAUACUGUGUCAACAUCAUUUACUGGUAUAUCCGAUUGCUUGAUAUCUUCGGGGUGAACAAAUAUUUGGGGCCAUAUGUAAUGAUGAUUGGGAAAAUGAUGAUAGACAUGAUGUAUUUUGUCAUAAUUAUGUUGGUUGUUCUGAUGAGCUUUGGUGUUGCAAGGCAGGCAAUACUCUUUCCCAAUGAAGAGCCCUCAUGGAAACUGGCAAAAAAUAUUUUUUACAUGCCAUAUUGGAUGAUCUAUGGGGAAGUGUUUGCAGACCAGAUAGACCCUCCUUGUGGUCAAAAUGAAACUAGAGAGGAUGGUAAAAUAAUCCAGCUGCCUCCCUGCAAAACAGGAGCAUGGAUUGUUCCAGCCAUAAUGGCUUGCUACCUGUUGGUUGCAAACAUCCUUCUGGUGAAUUUGCUGAUUGCUGUGUUUAACAACACCUUCUUUGAAGUUAAAUCAAUAUCUAACCAAGUCUGGAAGUUUCAGAGGUAUCAGCUCAUCAUGACUUUCCAUGAAAGACCAGUCUUGCCGCCUCCACUCAUCAUCUUCAGUCACAUGACAAUGAUAUUUCAACACAUAUGCUGCAGAUGGCGGAAACACGACAGUGACCCAGAUGAGACAGACUAUGGGUUGAAGCUUUUUAUAACAGAUGAUGAACUGAAGAAGGUUCAUGAUUUUGAAGAACAAUGCAUAGAAGAAUAUUUCAGAGAAAAAGAGGAUAGAUUCAAUUCUUCCAAUGAUGAAAGAAUCCGCGUUACCUCUGAAAGGGUAGAGAAUAUGGCCAUGCGAUUAGAAGAAGUAAAUGAACGGGAACAUUGUAUGAAGGCAUCACUUCAGACUGUAGACAUCCGUCUUGCUCAACUGGAAGAUAUGAUAGGGAGAAUGGCUACAGCAUUAGAUAAGCUAACUGGCCUAGACAGAGGAGAGGUCACUAAGGUACGCUCUCGAACAUCCUCUGAUUGUACUGACACAGCCUACAUUGUGAGACAGAGUAGCUUCAACAGCCAAGAAGGAAACACUUACAAACUUCAAGAGAGUAUUGAUCCCACAGGGGAGGAGUCAAUGUCACCAACCUCUCCAACGAUAACACCCCGCUUGCGAAGUCACUCCUUUUAUGCAGUGAAUAUGAAGGACAAGUGUGGGUUUGACAAACUUGAAAGCAUUUUUAAAGAAAGGUCUCUCAGCCUCCAUCGUGCAAGUAGUUCCCAUUCUGUCUCAAAAGAGCAAAAAGUACCUUUAGUGCCUACAAGUGCUCUGUCUAUUGCCCCAGACUCCAGAAGGCCUUCCUCUUGCAUAGACAUUUAUGUCUCUGCCAUGGAUGAGCUGGAGUCUGUAAUAGAACCCCUUGACAGUUCAAUAAAUAUCCUGGGGACAGGAGACCCAGCUCUCCAAGGUCAGAUGGCUUCCAGCAUCCUCUCAAGUAGUGCUUACAUCAGUGGUUCUCCUGCUGACAGAAUUUCAGGUAGGAGUAUUGAUUAUGAAGACCCCUCUUCAAUAGAAACAAGGGUGUUUUCUUCAGACUACUCACAACUCACAGAAAGCCAAAACCCAUGGGAAUCUGACCCUCCCUUGUACCAAACCUUAGAGCGGUCUAAAAGCAGUCGAUAUCUGGCUACAUCUCCAUUUCUUUUGGAUGAAGCACCCAUUGUCAAAUCUCACAGUUUCAUGUUCUCGCCUUCUCGGAGCUACUUCAGCAGCCUUGGCGUGCCAGUGAAAACAGCAGAGUACACGAGUAUCACAGACUGCAUAGACACAAGGUGUGUCAGUGCUCCUCAAACCAUUGAAGAAAGAUCCAGCUUUCCUGGGAUCCAUGGAGAGAAAAUGGAGGACAUAGGAUGCUGCCACCCUGAAAGGGAGGCAGAACUUAGUCACCCAAGCUCUGAUAAUGAGGAUGCUGAAGCCAAAGACAAGAAAGUGGUUUCCUUAUCAUCUCAAGAUAGCAAUACAUCUAGAACACUGCCUAACAAUAUCCCUCUUCCCAAAAUUGAACGGGCCAACAGUUAUUCAGCAGAUGAAUCCAACUCACUGUAUGCACACACCAGGAAAAGCUUCUCCAUCAGUGAUAAACUUGAUAGACAACGCAAUGCGGCAAGCCUCCGAAAUACGUUCCAGAGGAGCAAGUCAUCGAAACCAGAGAACAGAGGGGACACCUUGUCAAUGAGAAAACUCUCUAGAACAGGUGCCUUCCAUAGCUUUGAGAGCAAGCACAGUUAGAGAUAGCAAGCAUAUGACAAGAUAUGUCUGAGAAUUGUCUGCUCUCCAGCUCUUUUCUUUAGCAGAAUGAAGUAACCUCAGACCGUGAUAUGUCAGCAACAGCUGGCAUCUGCCACCCGUCAAGUUAGCACUUUGUAAUCUCAGUGUCAAGCACUGGGCUUCUGUAUCUUGACCUAGUUGACAAUUGCACUUAAUGGGGGUAGCGGGUGGGCGGAAAAAUGAUAGAGAUGUUAUUUUUUAAAAACCUUUAUGAUAUAAUGCAUAAAUGGGUGAAUAGAUUAAGAAAUCUGCCUUUGACAUAAGGAUAGAUUGUGGGUUUUUUAAAGGGAAACAAAAUCACUUGCAUACAAAGAUGGUAUUUGAAUUUUGAUUUCGUUGGCUUUUGCACCAGUGCCAUCUUUGUGAUGGCUGAUGAAAUACACCUUUGUAUUAUUCUAUGGAAACCAAAAGCAAACCAGUCCUUAACUUUACCCAGCCUGUUCACAUCUCUGUAUUUCUCUUUAAUCAUGGUAAGGAGAAAUUAGCUGAAUACUCUCACAGUUCACCGGUCUCUUUUUUGUAUUAACUUAUAGUGCCACAAAUGUUUAUAUUUUCAAGAAGGGAAGAAAAGAGAUGCCUUUUGUAUAGCAGCAUGAGGAAAAGGGAACAAUUUAUUUAAUAAGUAGUCACAUGGUUUCCUGUUAUUAAACAGGCUUUUUAGCACAGUUGAGCAAGCUCAGGAUGAAUGUAAUUAAGUGGAAUAGUAAAUAUUUAUUUUUUUAAGCACACACGUCAUCGGUUUAGAAGGUAUGUUGUGGAACUCUGUUAAAAUGUCCUGGUGAGAGGGUGCAAAUAAGAGCAGAACUGAUAUUAUGUGCUCUGUUCCGUACUAUGUUUUCGUUUCAUUAUUUUUUAGUAUUUGCAUCUACUGCAGCUUUACUUCUUUUUGUCUUUGCCAUGUUCUUAUAACUGUUCCUUCAUUUAGCCACCAUCAUUUUAUUUUAGAACAUAUUGUACCAGAACAUUACAAUAUUUAUAGUACUGUAUGUUUAUUAUAUGGUCUGAUAUUGAAGGAGCACAGAACAGAAGAUGCUGAAUGAUGUUCUCUGACAAAACAAAGACUUAAACUGCCAAAGUGAAAUUAGGAUCAUGAUAAUUGCAAAAGCCAUUCUUUUAACUAUGCUUCCAUUGUAUAGAGAUUCAAAAUAGUGAGACAUUAAUACUGUGCCCUGGAAUGUAAGAGCCAGCUCCAUCUCACUACUCUGCAAGCCUACGAUACAUCAGUGUUUGCAGGAACUCUUGAGGGUUGCAAGAACUCGAAGUAUUUCACACUAUUACUCUGAAGGUGGUUCACACUAUCAAUAGGAUAAUAUAGCAGAUAAGUCACAGUGUCCCCCAGAAGAAGGAAAUCUUAUCGUGGAACAUUUUAGAGAAAUAAUUAAUCCUUACUUAAUCAUAUGGGAUAGCUAGAUAUAUAGUAAUAUAUGCAUUACUGUCCUUUGUUGCUGAUAAUAUAUAGGGUACAUUUCCUUUUUAAAAAAAAUUCUGCACUCUCAAAUGGUCACAAUCCCUUUUGAAAGUUUUAGCCAUCUCAGCCUGAACAUUUACAUGCAAGCACAAAGAUCGAAGGGCAAGAAGGUCUAACCUGAUCCUAUCCAGAAAUUUUGGGCUACAGCUUCCAACAGGCUCAGCUGAUAGGGCUAAUUGUCAGGUGUUACUGAGGCUCUCAGAGAAGGCACAAGGAACACUGGUAUAAGUACACAGCACUCAUAAUCAAUGUGAAUUUAGUUUUAUCUGAUACUAAGGACCUCAUCACAUUAAGAGGGGGAGAGCAUAGGGAACCAUGUUACCCUAUUCCCUCCUAUCUUUCCCUGUUUUGUGGGAUGGCCCGUGUUCUUUUUGCAUCUUCUCCGUCUUUUCCCCACUUUCCCCUGCAUUCUGCAUUCAGGAGUCAGGUAGCUGUCUUUGGGCUCCAUUUCCACAAGCUGCGGAAACGGAGCCCCACGGAGUCCCACCAGAAGUGCCCUUACAUUGUCUGAUGGCCUCCAUGUGACUGUUUCCAUAGCACAUUGAAUCAGAGCUCAAAAACCAUCUUAUGAGUUCCUAAUAAAGUAGGGGCAAAGAAACAACACUGUGCUGAUUUCAAUUACACAAUCAUUUGAUUCUGUUGUACAUUCCAUCCCUUCUAUCAACCCAACUAUUCUUCUAAGGUUUACCCAGCUGUUCAGUAGUGUGUUGACUUGUUUGAAUGUAUGUACCUGUGUCUUAAGAUGUGUUGUUUUUAUGAAUACCAAGAAAAAAGCAAAUUUUCUUUGCCAGUCUGCUUCGCUUCAAAAUUUUGUUGUGGAUUUUAGAAGAGCUCCUUUAGGAAGAGGAAGAACAUUUCAGAGUGGUACACUUUUUCCACUCCAACUUGCCCAACAAAUUUCUUUCACAUAUACACACAAAGACACACACACACUGCCCAGGGAAUUUCAGAUAUGUAUUUCAUGAUGCUUUCUUUUUUAAAAAAAAAAUCAAAACUAAGCUAAGCAAUCCCCAAAUUCAGCCUUGUUUAUUAGCAUGCAAUAUAAUUAACUCUUGUAUCUAGGAAUUCUCCAGUACGUUUUAACUAAUAAUGCCACUUCUAAAGCCUACUUUCAUAUUUACAACAAUCAUUCCACACUAAGCAGUAUUAAGACUACAGUAUAAUAUUGUAAGAUAGCUCUAACCUGGGUUUGGUACCUCCGCGAGGAGCAUUAGGAAAGGAAAAAGAAAAAAUACAGAAAAUUCUAAUCCCUCAAACACAAAACAAAACAAUCACUAUUCUACCCCCCUCCUCACCUUCAUCUAAACAUAUUAAAGGUUUUAAUUCCAUCCAUAUUCCCAGUAGAACACAUCUCACAUAACAAUUAUUAAAAUCUACAUUCACUUUAAUCAUAUAGCACAAUAAAUAUCUUCUUAAGGUCAUUACCUUCCAUUUCUAAAAAGUCAACAAUAUCCAUUCCUUUACCCACACAAAGCAAUAUGCCACAAAAUAGAAUUUCAUAUUGACCUCCUUGCAAUAUUUUGUCAUUUGCCAAAAAAAACUUGACAAAUCCUCCUGCAAGUGUUUUAAAAUAUAUAUCUUUUAAAAUAAUACUGUUUGAAACAAAAACAGCAUUCUAGUUAACAUGUUAAUUUUUACUACUAAAAUUCUCCUCAGUAAAGAUAGGUUUCAAUUCUUCCAUCUCUGAACAUCCUUGAUUUCAUUCCACAUCUUAACAUAAGAAUGUUAAUAUUGCCUUGAGUCGCCGAUAUGACUGAGAAAGGAGGUAUACAAAUACAGUAAAUAAAUAAAUAAAUAUUACAUAAAAUUUGAAAUAGUCAUUGUAAUAUCUAGAUAUUUCACUUUUUUUCUGAUUCUGUAGCCAGUUUUUUCCAUCAAUUCUGUUUGAUCUUUCAUCUUAAUAUUUACAGUCAAUAUUACAGACUUUUGUUUGUUAAUUUUAAAAUAUUCCAACCCCCAAUUUUUUUAAUGCUACCAUCAGCCUUUCCAUGCUUUUGAGUGGAUUUAUCAGGGUAAUCAUCAGAUCAUCUGCAAAUGCCCUCAGUUUGUACAAUUCCUUUUUAAUCUUAAUGCCUGUAAUCUUUUCAGUUUAAAUAAUGUCUCUGUUCAAAACUUUAAGUGCUAAAAUAAACAGCAAUGGUGACAACAGACAUCCUUGUCUAAUUCCUUUUUGUAUCACACAUGGUUUAGACAGCUCUCUAACAAUUGCUAUAGCUGCUCAUUCAGUCCCCAUCUAAAUUUUCCCUUAUUCUUUUAAGAAUGAGUAACACAUGGUUUUGCUAUGCCAAAGUCUUUGAUAAUAGCUCGACUUUUUUGUACUAGUGUCUUUAAAGGUUUGAAACCCCAAAUCAGCUCUGUCUUUCAGAGAAGUAAGUGUAAUCCUUUAUCUCUCUAUUUUUAUAUCUCAAUGAUUAGUUCCAGAGUGACCAUUAAAUUGGAACGCUUAAUACUUUUGUAAUUUAUCUUGAAAAAAAUAAUCUUUUAUCUGAGGUUCUAUCUUUGGGGAAAAUAGAAUAAGCACCAACUGUUAUAUUACAGAGCUAAUAAUUAAUCCCCAACAUUUUUUAAAAGAAAGGAUACCCUACCUUUACUCAGAGUACACACCCCCACUACCAAAGUUUCAAUCCCUGGUAAAUUACUCUGGUUCCCCGCAUACCAAUUUUUCUCAUCUGCCAAUACUAGUUCUCAACCCAAAAUAGGAUUAAUAUACAACACCAACCAAUUUUCUUUUCUUCUGGCCUGAGAAAAUUUAUUCUUGUCUCAAUUCUUUAUGUGCCAAAUGUUUUAUAUCAUACUUUUGUGCAUCUCUUGUAGAUCAAUUAUAUCCAAAUUAAAUUGUCUUAAGAGUAAAAAAAAAGAUCUCUUCUGUGGAGUGCUGGCUCCAUUUAUGUUCCUAGGAAAACAUUUUUAUCCCAUUUUAUGCAAUUUAGUCAGGUGAGUCCCCAUUAUUGGUGCCUGGUGUCACAAAAUCCUCUUCAGUGUCUGAUGGAUGUUGUUUAUGCAGUAUUGGAGACCUCACAGCACUUACCAAUUUAAGCAUCCUAGAAUGCCUGUCAGCCAGUUGAGGGACGGAUGGGCAUACAGCCCAUCACAUGACAUCCCACAACUUCCAAUGGAGGCAUUGCCUCCAACCAGUGUGGAAGCAUCUUGGAACACUUCCUUAUCAACACAGGAAGGCUCCUGUGUUGUGCUGGCUCCAAUGGAGCCAACACACUUCUGCCCCAGUUGGGCAACAUUUCCCCUGUUUGAUGAGGGAAGCGACGUUACCUCAGAUGCCUGCCUGUUCGCCACACUAGCUGACAAAAUGGGAUGGGGGGGGUAUAUACUAAAGUCCUGGGUCUCCAACAUCUGAAGACAUCUGCUUCUCCUGCUCUUCUCUGUGCUUCUAUUCUUUAAACAUCAAACAUCAAAUCCUUCUUAUCUUCUUAGUUCCCUUACAUUUUUAUAUUUUCUCACUAAAUAGCUUGGUUUUUUUCAACAGAUCUUAGAAAUGUAAAGGUUUUAAAACUCAGCCCUUCAAGGUUUUUCCAUCCUCUGCUUUUGCUGUCAAAAACCCCCAGAAUCUUUUCUCUUGCCUAAAAUUCUUGUUAGAAUCCUCUUCAAACCUAUUAUCUCUCUUCCAUUCACCUUCAAUUUUGUGAAGAUUGAAUCCAUCAUAGUCUUUUUGAGGGAAAAAACAAUUACAUCUCUUGGCAAGUUUAUUGCCUUAGCCAAUAUACUCUAUUCUAUAAACAGUGUAUGUUUUAUAACACAUUUCCCCUAUUUCUUUCUCCAAAAAAUCUGCCAAGUCAUUAAUCUUAUAUCCCCUUUAACUCCCAAUAAAAAUUAUUAAAAACAACUCUUUUAAUUUUUAUUUUAUUUUUUUGAAAUCACGGCAUAUUUGUCCCCUCUUUUCCUCCUCUCCAGGAUACUCGGUCUUGUUAAUAGAAUCAGGGGACUUACCUGGGCUUCUUUUCAUUCCAAGGAAAAAAAUAACUUGCUUAAUUAAUCCAGAUAAUUAAAAAGAAAGUUUAAGAGAUGAAGCAAAUUAUCCUAGAGUCCAUUUAAAAAACAACUUCUUUCUCACAGCUGGGCAACAUUUUUUAUUGCCAAUUGCCCCUUCUGGUGAUCUCCUUAUGAAGACCUUAGUUUGGCUGAUUUGGCUGAUCCCACAUUUCCUCCUCUGUUCAGAAUGAAAUUUCCACAGUCAUGGCUCACGCCUGCUCAAUUAUCACUGCUUAAGUCAUUUCUGGAAUCGAUCACAUGCUCAAAAUGUCUGAACAUCUCAUCCCACUGGAAGUCAGCACCACAGGAAUUAAGCAGUUUCAUAAUAUCCAUAUAAAUCAAGAAGCAAUAAUUCCAUUGCUACAUUGGGAAUCUAGCAAAUGGACUGAUGCACAAAGGAACCAAUACACAACAGGACACCAUUGCCAGUGUCCCAUUACACAUCUUCACAAUUCUUUAGCUGUAGUUCCUUAACACCUUUGCUAUAUGUAGUUUAGUAUCUGUCUGGUCUCAAUUUGUACAGGAACAAGAAAACUGGCAUUCCCUAGAUAAUUCCUUUCUAGUAAUUAUUAGCCAACUUAAAAAUUAGUCUUGCUCAUUUUUACAUAUAAUAUCAACCCUGUAUACAUGUUUCAAAAUGUUGGGGACAAAAUUAUAUUCAUAUCACUUUUGAAACCGUUUUAACACCCAAUGUGGGUACACACUUCAAUCAGCACGACUGCAAAUGAACCUUCUGUCAUUUCCCCUUGACUCUUCAUUACAGAAAAAGUACAGUAUGCAGUGAGUCCAUCCACCAAUUCUUAAAAUAUUACCAGACUCUGAAGGCCUAUAAUAAUUCAAAUAUAGCCACUUAAUAAACUUGAUCUUGAACUCCCGUUACACAGAGCAGAAAACUUUGGGUUUAUUCUUCUCUGUAAUAUCAAACAGCGGUAAUUAAUUGAGGCGGUGGUUAAGCAAUUAAUAUA